AUGGCGGAGAGAGCCCCCAGCGUGCCCAGGCUGGCCUGGCUCGGGGGGGAGGAGGAGAAAGGCGCUGGGGCUGCCCCAGCAUGGCAGCCUGAUGAGGUGGAGGAGGUCCAGCCGCUGCAGGCGGAUCCAGACUGGGACCGGCCAGAAGAGGAGCAGGAGCAGGAACACACCCGUGCCCUCUUCCACAGCAGAGCACAGAUAUUUUGGGAAUCCCUCAAGCCCACUGAGCGUGAAGAAACCACCAUCACGGCCAUCGAGGGCAUGGCAGACUCUGACUCCUAUAAUGCGGAGGCUUGUGCUGCCAUGCUGGAUGUGCUUGUGGAAAGCGACGUCUCCGAUUUGGAGCAUGUGCCGAGCAUCGUGAGGUGCAUCUACCGGUGGCUCACGUCCAACACAGAUGUGUCUGCCGAGCGCAGGCUGGACAACACCCUUCUGGAGCUGACCCACGUGCACGCCCAUGAUGUGGUGAUAUUUUGGGAAUCCCUCAAGCCCACUGAGCGUGAAGAAACCACCAUCACGGCCAUCGAGGGCAUGGCAGACUCUGACUCCUAUAAUGCGGAGGCUUGUGCUGCCAUGCUGGAUGUGCUUGUGGAAAGCGACGUCUCCGAUUUGGAGCAUGUGCCGAGCAUCGUGAGGUGCAUCUACCGGUGGCUCACGUCCAACACAGAUGUGUCUGCCGAGCGCAGGCUGGACAACACCCUUCUGGAGCUGACCCACGUGCACGCCCAUGAUGUGGUGGUGACCCUCCUGCGCUGUGCCCCAUGGUGCGACAGCAAUGCCGUGACGAUGUGGAGGACGAUGGUCUCCACGAGUGGGACUGCAGAGAAGGUGCUGCUGGAGCUGCUCUGCGUGCUGGAGGACUGGCCGCUGCACAGCACGUCCACCUCCGACGGGGACAAAAAGGACGUCUUUGCCCUGGCUCUCCUGGACUGCCCUAACAUAGUGGGACGGGGUUACCGCAUCCUGAAGCUCUUGUCAAGGUACCUGCGGAGUGAGUGCAGAGUGAUGCAUCGCCUGGUGCUCAGAGGCCUCAUCCUGUUCUGCAAGAGACCCUUGAUGCUCCUGGACUGCCCUAACAUAGUGGGACGGGGUUACCGCAUCCUGAAGCUCUUGUCAAGGUACCUGCGGAGUGAGUGCAGAGUGAUGCAUCGCCUGGUGCUCAGAGGCCUCAUCCUGUUCUGCAAGAGACCCUUGAUGGCCGAAAGAAUGCAGUUCCUGCUGCCAAGGCUCAUAGAGCUACUGCAGGAUGCAGACGGGGAGGUGGCCGGGAUGACCCUCUCUGUGCUCAGGAAGGUGCUCCUGGCCAAAGACGUCCCACUUACCAGCCGCAUCGCUCUGCAGCUGGCUGAGAGGCUCCGGCCACUCUUUGACAACGACGCCAACUAUGUGCAGCUGCUCUCCAUUCACCUCUUCCGACAUGUGAUGGAGUUUGUAGAGGAAGUGGGAAAAAAGCCACUGAAGACGCAUGUGCACCAGAGCCUGCUCCCGCUGCUCUGCCACUUGCAUGAUGAGAACCGGCGCGUGGCGGAGGCCUCUCGGGAAACCCUGCUUCAGGCUACCGAGUUCCUGAAGAAGAGGAAGCUCAGGCAGCUGCUGGAGAGGGAGCAGCCAUGGGCGGUCAGUGAGCGCCUGCUCCUGGACUGGAUUUGGGACAGCGUGAAGACCGUGGGAAGCCCAGUGGCACCCGGCGAGGGAACCGCGGCACCGGAGCCGCUCGCCUCUCCGGCAGCUCCCACCCCCAGCGUGUCCCCGGGGACGUGGGGUGGCCAGGUGGUGGGGGACAUCACCACCCCACAGUGCCAGGAGCCGGAUCCCAGCACAGCAGCACCUAUGAUCAAGGGGACCGCAGCUGAAAACACCAAGCAGUGGGACGGGAAUGCCACGGGGCUGGUGGAGAGCACAGCGUGGCCAAGCAUCGCUCCUCCCCACAGCACGUCACCUGCCCCUGGCCAGGAUGCGGCCAGCAGCUCCACCGAGGACGCGCAGCUCCUGGGGAAAGGGACCACCGAGGAGCCACAGCUCCUGGGGACAGGGAUCACCGAGGACCCGCAGCUCCUGGGGAUGGGGAACACUGAGGACCCGCAGCUCCUGGGGACGGGGACCCCCGCAGCGACGGGGACACAGGUGUCCUUGCAGAGACCGGCGGGUCCCCGGCCAGAGAACCUGAGCGCUGAGGUCAGCCUCCUGGAGCUUAUUGGAGACCCCCCGCCGGAGGAGAUCCUCAAAAUUUAUGGCCCCGACAACAACCCCGGCUAUGUCUUCGGCCCCAAUGCCAACACGGGCCAGGUGGCCCGGUACCACCUGCCGAGCCCUUUCUACCGGGACUUUUCCCUUCUGUUCCACAUCCAGCCCACCACCCCCCGGGCCGGUGUGCUCUUUGCCGUCACAGACUCCUCACAGAGUAUCAUCUAUGUGGGCGUCAAGCUCUCAGAGCUGCGGGUGGGCAAGCAGCAGAUCAUCUUCUACUACACAGAGCCAGGCUCAACAAGCUCAUAUGCAGCAGCCACCUUCACUGUGCCCACCUUGCUCAACCAGUGGACGCGCUUCGCCAUCAGCGUGGAGGAGGAUGAAGUCGUUCUCUACCUGGACUGUGAGGAGCAUGAGCGGGUCCGCUUUGAGCGCUCCCCGGAUGAGAUGGAACUGGAAGAUGGCUCUGGGCUCUUUGUUGCUCAGGCUGGAGGAGCUGACCCAGAUAAAUACCAGGGGGUGAUUGCCGACUUGAAGCUGCAAGGGGACCCGCGGGCGGCUGAGCGCCAGUGUGAGGAAGAAGAGGACGACACUGAGGUCUCUGGUGAUUUUGGCAGCGGGGCAGAAGGUGGACGCCAAGCCUCGGGGAAAGACAGAGGUGUCCCAGGGCUGGUGGAUGCCGUCCCUGUCACCUCUCCCCCUGUGGCAGCGGGCAGUGGGCCAAGGAGCGGUGGAGGCUCCCCACAGCAAGCUGAGAGGACCAGAGCAGAGGGGACACUGCGGGUCUCUGCGGGAGGCACUGGCCCCAAAGGUGAAAAGGGGGAGAAGGGCGAGCGUGGCCUGAAGGGGGACUCUGGGACCGGCAGCAUCAUGGGGACGGGCAGUGUCAAGGGUGAAAAGGGGGAGAAAGGAGAACUGGGUGUUAAGGGCAGCGCUGGAUUUGGCUACCCUGGCUCCAAGGGCCAGAAAGGGGAGCCGGGUGACCCCGGCACCCCCGGGACCCUCUCGCGGCACACUAACGGCUUGAUGGUGGAGCAGGUCACCGGUCCUCCAGGGCCGCCGGGGUGCCUGCUUGCCUGCCUGCCUGGCGAUCCCGGCGAGGAUGGCAAACCCGGCGAUAUGGGACCGCAGGGGUUCCCUGGGAUGCCAGGGGAGCCUGGUCUGAAGGGGGAGAAGGGUGACCCAGGCAUGGGGCCAAGGGGACCGCCUGGACCACCCGGUCCCCCAGGACUGCCAGGACCCUCCUCCAAGCACGACAAGCUGACCUUCAUCGACAUGGAGGGCUCUGGCUUUGGCGGCGACCUGGAGAGCCUGCGGGGUCCACGAGGGCCACCUGGUCCCCCAGGGCCACCCGGCGUGCCUGGUUUGCCAGGGGAGCCAGGACGGUUUGGGAUGAACCUCACGGACCUGCUGGGACCACCAGGGCUGCCAGGCAGGGAUGGGACCCCCGGGCCCCCGGGGCCAGCGGGUCCUCAGGGUCCUCCUGGAAGAGACGGGGCGGCUGGGCAGAUGGGACCCAAAGGAGAGCAGGGCGAUGUGGGUGACCUCGGCCUCCCUGGUGCACCGGGACCCAAGGGCAGCAAGGGAGAAACGGGACCAGCAGGAGCCCCGGGAGAAAUGGGGUUAGCUGGCCUUCCCGGGCCCAUUGGACCCCGAGGACAGCCGGGGCCCCCCGGUCCCCCGGGACCACCAGGGCCAGUCUAUGAGGCUGGAUUUGGCGACAUGGAGGGCUCGGGGCUGCCGUUCGCUGCCAGCUCCCCCGGACCACCCGGACCUGAAGGACCACAGGGGGUGCCGGGACUGCCAGGGGUGAAGGGGGAGGUCGGCAGCCCUGGGCAGCCCGGCUUGCCAGGACCGAAGGGAGAUGCUGGCGUGCCCGGCGUGGAUGGCCGCCCUGGACUGGAGGGCUUCCCUGGACCGCAGGGACCCAAAGGUGACAGAGGCAGCCCCGGUGAGAAGGGUGAGCGAGGCCAAGAUGGUGUGGGGCUGCCCGGCCCUCCCGGUCCACCUGGUCCCCCUGGACAGGUCAUCGCUGUCUCAAGUGAAGAUAAGUCUUUGGCAGCUUUGCCCGGUCCAGAGGGCAGACCGGGUCACGCCGGCUUCCCGGGCCCAGUGGGACCGAAAGGAGACCGGGGGUUGUCUGGUCCCCAGGGCUCCCCAGGGUUGAAGGGGGAGAAGGGGGAGCCUGGCGUCAUCAUCAGCCCCGAUGGGACUGUGGUCACUGCAAAGGUGAAAGGAGAAAAGGGGGAUCCAGGGGUUCGGGGACCGAUGGGACCUUUGGGUCCCCAGGGACGAGCAGGGAUGAAGGGAGAGAUCGGCUUUCCAGGCAGACCCGGACGUCCCGGCAUGAAUGGGCUGAAGGGCGAGAAGGGUGACCCCGCGGAUGUCAGUAGUGUGCUGGGCUUGCGGGGUCCCCCAGGACCCCCGGGUCCCCCAGGCCCCCCUGGGCUGCCUGGCAGCAUAGUAUAUGACAGCAGCAAUGCCUUCAGCGACACCAGCCAUCCCGCGCUGCCAGCCUUCCCUGGUUUCCACCAGUUUCCAGGACAAAAGGGAGAGAAAGGCGAUGCCGGAGCCCCGGGACCCCCAGGCCACUUCCCCUACGACCUGAGUCACUUUGGUGCCAACCUGCGGGGUGACAAGGGGGAGGCAGGUCCCAAGGGCGAGAAGGGCGAGCCGGGCAGCACCCCGCUCUACGGUCCCAGCGUCUCCGGGCUGCCAGGGCCUCCGGGGCCUCAGGGCUACCCCGGGCUGCCAGGUCCCAAGGGGGACAGUAUUGUCGGGCCACCAGGGCCUCCCGGACCUCAGGGCCCCCCCGGUAUUGGAUACGAGGGGCAGCAGGGUCCCCCUGGCCCUCCUGGCCCCCCUGGUCCACCCUCCUUCCCAGGGCCCCACAGACAAGCUAUCAGCAUCCCUGGCCCUCCCGGACCACCAGGACCCCCCGGGCCACCAGGCACCAGCACAACGUCCUUGGGGCCGCCCGCCCUCCCGACCUACCAGGCGAUGCUGAGCUCCAUGCACGAGCUGCCCGAGGGUGGCCUCGUCUUCCUGACCGACCGGCAAGAACUCUAUGUCCGCCUGCGUGGGGGCUUCCGCCGGGUGCUGCUUCACCUGGUGGCCCUGAACGCCCCACUGAGCGGUGGCAUGCGCGGCAUCCGAGGCGCUGACUUCCAUUGCUUCCAGCAAGCCCGGCAGGUCGGGCUGGCCGGCACCUUCCGUGCCUUCCUCUCCUCCCGCCUGCAGGACCUCUACAGCAUCGUGCGCAGGGCCGACCGCGCCGCUGUGCCCAUUGUCAACCUCCGGGACGAAGUGCUCUUCAGUAACUGGGAAGCCCUUUUUACGGGCAGCGGGGCCCCACUGCGAGCCGGCGCCCGCAUCCUCUCCUUCGAUGGCCGGGAUGUCCUGCGGGAUGCGGGAUGGCCGCAGAAGAGCAUCUGGCACGGCUCAGAUGCCAAGGGCCGGCGCUUGCCCGAGAGCUACUGUGAGACAUGGCGGACAGAGGAGCGGGCCGCCACCGGCCAGGCUUCCUCGCUGGGCUCUGGCAAGCUGCUGGAGCAAGCAGCCAGCAGCUGCCAGCAUGCCUUCGUCGUCCUCUGCAUCGAGAACAGCUUCAUGACUGCUGCCAAAAAGUGACACACCCCCCGUCCCCGUCCCCUGGGUACCUGACAUCUCCCCGGGGAGGGUCGGACCAGCCUGCACCCCGGCACCCCCGUGGUCCUCAGGCCCACCAUCUCCUGCCCUCGCCCCACAGGGUUUUCUUCUCCCGCAGACCUGAAGCCAAAGAGUAUCAUCGCCAUUGCCCCUGCCUUGGGUCGGCAGGGGCUCGCAUCCCACCUGGGGCAGGGCAGACAUGGGCUGGCUGCCUUCCUCCUCCUCCUCUCGCUCCACUUCUCUUCUAACCCCUAAUAUUUAACCACGUCAGCUUGCAUCCACCACCCGCUUGGAUGCUCUUUUUGGGGUGGCUGGGCGGGAGGAUGCUUGGCAGGAAGAUUUUGGCGCUGCCAUGAGGUGUGCCCUCCUGGAAGGCCUUGGGGUGGUGUCUCUGACCUCCGCCCCAGCCCCACACUGUCCUUGCCAGGAGCUUGGGGCCAGACCCAAAUCCCUGCUGCUGGGGCCACAGGGUCUUCUGCAGCCGAAACUCCGGCAUACCUCCCAAGCAAGGGACCGUCCCAAGGCGGUGCCGGGGCUCCCCACAGAUGGUCUCCGUCCUCCCCAGGUAAGGACCAUCCCACCCAGCCGCCCCCAUCAUCAUCCUC